CUAGAGUCUAGAUUCUAGAAAGAGAUAAAAUGAUGGAAAUUCCACUACAUUUGAGAAACCCAGAAAGAUCGAGUUGUAGAGAGCAGAGAAGAAACGGAGAGAUUGAAACUUGAAACUCGGAAAUCCAAGAAAAGCACCUCUCCGUAUUCUGUUCCGAUUCUCAGCGACCAGCCCAAUUCAUUCAUGUCAAUAGAUAACACACAAUCGCACGCAAUAGGAUGCCAUUUUUUAUGCCUCAUACGAUUUUUCUUUUUGAUAUUAGUUUGAUGGGAGAACUGUGAACUGAGGAUCUCCUCUGACCCGGAUUCCGAUUCGUAUUCUGAUCUGCGGCUUUGGGUUCGAGCUUUUCUUUCUUCUUCCGUACCAGGGAAAUGGAUUCACUACCCAACGGCGAUUCAGCCGCUGCAGCAGCGGCCACGGCCGCUUCGAUUACGCCGCAAUCGAGGCUGACCCAUCUGGCGGAUUCGUUGAAGCUGGAGAAUCAAUUUCUGAGGGUGCCCUUUGAGCAUUUCAAGAAAUCUUUGAGAACCAACCACCGGAUCGCCGAGAAGGAGAUUUAUGCCGUUAUCGGCAACGUUAUCGAUGCCACCAACAGUGAAGACAUGUCCAGAAAAGAUGCUGAUGAUCGCCUCAACUCUCUUGUUUCCAAACUACAAGGCCUCAAAAGGAAGUUGGAAGAGGGUAGUCGGACCGAGAACUUGCAAUUGCAGAGGUGUCGGGCUCGGCUGAACCACUUAGAGGCAGCACAGACGGAGAACGUAUAUGAGUGGAACAACACACGCGAAAAGCGCUUUCUUGUGGACUACAUGUUGCGUAUGUCUUACUAUGACACAGCAGCCAUGCUUGCAGAAAGCAGUCAUUUACAGGAUCUUGUUGACAUUGACGUCUUUCAAGAAGCCAAAAAAGUUAUUGAUGCUCUUCAGAAUAAGGAGGUAGCUCCUGCCCUAGCUUGGUGUGCAGAGAACAAGUCCAAGUUGAAGAAGUCCAAGAGCAAGUUCGAAUUUCAAUUGAGACUGCAAGAGUUCAUAGAGCUGGUUCGAUCUGAUAACAACUUGCAAGCUAUUACAUAUGCUCAGAAAUACCUUGCACCAUGGGGAGCCACCCAUAUGAAAGAACUGCAGCGUGUGAUGGCAACUUUGGCAUUUAAAAGUAAUACUGAAUGUGCAGCAUACAAGGUUUUAUUUGAACCAAAGCAAUGGGACGAUAUAGUGGAGCAGUUCAAACAGGAGUUCUGCAGGUUAUAUGGCAUGACCGUUGAACCUUUGUUAAACAUCUAUCUGCAGGCAGGCUUGUCUGCCCUUAAGACUCCAUUCUGUUACGAAGAAGACUGCACCAAAGAAGACCCACUCUCGCAGGAAAGCUUCCAGAAACUAGCCAAACCAUUACCAUUCUCCAAGCAACAUCAUUCAAAACUUGUUUGCUACAUCACAAAGGAGCUGAUGGAUACGGAGAACCCACCACUAGUCUUGCCAAAUGGCUAUGUUUAUAGCACUAAGGCCCUUGAAGAAAUGGCCAGGAAGAACAAAGGUAAAGUCACAUGCCCUAGGACAGGCUUGAUCUGCAACUAUUCUGAGCUUGUCAAGGCUUUCAUUUCAUAGCCACGGAUGUUCAGAACUGAACCAGGUGGACAAUGGCACUCCCAAUUCCCAACAGAUGAGAGCUAAAGUUGGUUGCAUCGACAAAGUAGCUGGCCUCUCAGGAAGCAAGCAUUCUUCUGUCCUCUUCAUGACUAAGUUUGUUGAUUGUUACCAAUCCAUGUAUAUUUUCAAACACAAACUUCACUAUUCUCUUUUCGCCUUUUUACUUUUUGGAAGUGUUAUAUAAUCUGUUGACAAAUUCUCAUAGAAAAUUAAGCAUUAUUACCAGACA